AUGUCGGCGGAAACUGUUGUGCCAGCUCAGGCUGAGAGUUGCAAGCUCGAUUCUCAGAAAACCAUGGAAGCGACCUUGCCGCUGGAUUUUGACCGUUUUGGUCAUUCUGAACUGUCGGACGAGGAGCGACUUUUGUAUGACACGUGCAAGAGUCUGUCUUCUUCACCAUUAGCGAUCGACGAAUACGAUCAAGAGUACCUCGAAGACGCAUUUCUGGCACUCGAGGACAAUAUUAGUUCACAUGUUCCGGGCAGCGCGGAUCACCUAAAUUUCAAUCUCCCCCAAGAUGCUCAGCCCAAGUUUGAAGCCCCUGAUUCUGAAUUUGGCAGCGACCCUUUCGCGCCUGACGAUGCUGAACAUCAGGACCAAGAUCAUAUACAUCUCUCUUCUCCUAUAAACUCAUGUCGUAUCCCUUCAAGUCAGUCAGCCCAGAUUGACUUCCUCAGUCCCCAAGUAGACUUGGGGAGUAUGCUACCACCCUCAUACCAAACUCCUCGCAAAUCCUCAUCCACGGCGAAUACGCCAAUAAGGUUACCGGACCCUCUGCCUAACACGCCAGACUCCGGCCCUAUCCACAAACACGCCUUACCAAAAGGACCAUCUACAGCGCCAUUUCUCCGUCCAAGCUUCCCCAGACCAGUAGCAGCACGAUCACCCAUCUCGAAUCUGACCUCCGAAACACGAAUUCUGACCUGCUUCCGUACCGCCGAGUACCUACGAGCGAUCUCUUCAUCCAGUUCCGCUUCCGGACUCCUCAUAGAGCUAUACGCCUUUGUAACAUCGAGCACCAGGGUUGGCAGGGCCCAGCACUUCACGUUCGCAGACCUCUUCUUCCCGCAACGGCCGCCACAUCUCCAUGGCACCUGCACAACCUGGCAAGACAGCGAGCUCCACGAGGACGACACCAGACCCUUCCUCGACACCACCAGAGGGCACGGAAGAUUAUGUCGCGCGAUUGUGAGACCUAGGAGGUUGACUGACCCUUAUGGCGUCUCGUCGCCUCUUGUAAAGAGAUCUCCCGUCGAGGGAGGAAGUCCUGGUCGUGAAAACGGAACCGGAACCGGAAAUGGAAAGACAGGUAGACCCUCUGCUCUCAGAUCUGAGAUCGAGGUGCUCAAUAUAUGGGAGGCGGCAUGGGACGAUGUGGAGUAUGUUCGGGGCAUCGUGUGUGCUUGA